AUUAUGCCCUAGGGGCUAUCCUUUCUCAACUGCAAAAUGAUGGAUAUCUCUAUCCUGUUGCUUAUUAUUCUCGCAAAUUCUCUUCUGCAGAAAUAAAUUAUGAGAUACAUGAUAAAGAACUACUAGCUAUC